UGUGUGUGUGAGAGGUGACUGAGAUGUCUUUUCCAUACUCUUCAUGGCUGAUUGAUGUCCCUGCCAUGUCCAGCCACUGUCAGACUCCAGAGGACAUCAGUGGUUCCACUCAAGAUGAUGGAAAGAAUGUCCUAGUAUGGAAAAGAAAUACACAGGAAAUGGAUGUAGAGGCGACUCUGCUACAUAACCUUUGGGGAAUGGUGCGCUGGAGGCUGGAUCCAUGCUGCUCUGCUCCUGUCAGCAUUCCCUCAAACGCCAUGGCUUGAUUCCAUGUUGCAGGUCUGGGACCAGUGAAGAAGCCUUUAAUAUUCCCAGCAUUCCCAUAAACACCAUAGCUUGUGUUCGUGCCGCAGGUCUGGGACCAGUGAAUUAACCUUUAACAUUCCCAUUCCGAGUUACUUGGACUCCAUGUCCUGUUCUUAACCAGGUCUCUGUGCCCUCUGAAGGACUGGGAGACGUGUCUCUUGUGGAGGGACACUAACAGUUUCUGUUCUUAAGGCUAGGAAGCGUUCUACCUCCCUUCUCUGUUCCUCCGUGUCUGGAGGAGUCUGGUCUGGUCUGCAGCAGCGUUAGUGCUGACGCCACCAUGCACGGAUACAGCGCUCGCGCGGUGCUCGCGGUCCUCUGCCUGCUGCCGCCGUGCUGGGUGCUCAGAGUGCGCGCGAGCGCGGUAGCGUUUCUGGACGACACUGGCGCGAGCUACGGGAAAACGAACCAAGCUGUCGGAGAAAAGAAGACGGAGCCCAAAGCAGGUCUUUUACAAGUAACGGUAACACCCUCACACAGACAGGUUCAAGUGGGGAAGUGUAAAACCUUUCUGUGCAAAGUGACUGGGGAAGCAGAAAGUGUUGAAUGGUUUGGUCUUGCUGGAGAGAAGAUUCCAGAAAACCACGAGAACAUCAGAGUGAACAAACACAAUGACUCAACGAGCUCUCUGAUCAUCUGUGCGUCCCGGGUGGAGGAUGCAGGCGUGUACAGGUGUGUGGCUGAGAACACACAUGUGGUAUCACAGGCCACAGGACAUGUGCGUGUGCACGGGAGGAGAGUGCGUAGAGAUCCCCAGCAGGAGGGACGAGAGAAGACACAGAAAGAGCCCAAGCGGCCCAAGCCCACCAAGAAGCCCAAGCGGCCCAAGCCCACCAAGAAGCCCAAGCGGCCCAAGCCCACCAAGAAGCCCAAGGGAGAGAAGAAGAAGAAAGGAAAGAAGAACAAAGUUAAGGCAACCACCACGUUACCACCGACGACCACGUUACCACCGACGACCACGUUACCACCGACGACCACUUCUCUAAGCGAGUUUUAUGAGGACUUCUAUGACCCAGACCAGUACUGGGAUGAAGUGUACAAUACAGAGGUAGUCACAACUGCUGCCACAGCCCCACCCACAGAGAAGCUGACCAGCUCUCCUCCAGAUUUUCCCACGGACUUCAGUCCAACAGAGGAGUAUCCGGAUCUUUAUCCUGGACCAGAUGAUGACCUCUGGAUUGUAGACGAGACCAACUCCACAGUCGUAGUCAUCGGAGAGCCCGGCAGAGAAGAUGACGAUUACUGGGAUGCCACAUAUGAAGUUCCGGAGAACCUGCCUUUCCCGGACGGGAAGGAGACGGUACCCACUGACUGGGUGUACAGCGCCUCGGAGGAACCUACAGCACCUCCGUAUGAAAACAAGUAUUACGAGGAGUAUGAGUAUGAACACGAGAAGAGGCUGGAAAUGGAGCACUUGGAGGGAAGGGAGGAUCUGGAGGAGAGAGAGAGAGAGCGGAAGAGACUCGAGGAAGAGGAGGAGGAAGAAAGAGCCCGCAGGAUCGUCAAACCGCCCCCGCGCAUCUACAGAGACCCCAAACUGUGUCCGCCCCUGGGAAUGGAGUCCCAUCGUGUGGAGGCAGAUCAGCUUCUGACAUCAUCCAUGAGUCAUCACCGCUAUGGGCCUCAGAGAGCUCGUCUUAAUAUUCAGGCGUCUGGAGAUGAGGAUGACCUGAACGGAGGGGCAUGGUGCGGUAACCCCUUGGAGAAGGAUCACUGGAUCGAACUGGACGCACGGACGCUCACAGAGUUCACAGGGGUCAUCACGCAGGGCCGCGACGACCCCUUGGAAAACGACUAUGUGACUUCAUACUAUGUGGCGUUCAGUAAUGACAGCCGAGAGUGGACGGUUCUCCAUGACGGAUACACGGACUGGCUGUUCUUUGGGAACUCCGAUAAGCACACUCCAGCGAUGGCCCAGUUUGUGGAGCCUGUGGUGGCGCGUUACAUCCGCAUCCUGCCACAGAGCUGGAACGGCACCAUGUGCAUGAGGAUGGAGGUCAUGGGCUGCCCUGUGCCUGAUCCUCUCAGCACAUACCAGAGUCAGAAUGAGGUGAUGCCCAGAGAUUACCUGGACUACACACACCACAGCUACCUGCAGAUGGAGACGCUGAUGAAGUCGAUCUCAGAUGAGUGUCCCAACAUCACCAGGUUAUACAGCCUAGGUCAGAGUUCAAAGGGACUACAGAUCUAUGCCAUGGAGUACAGCAGCAAACCAGGGGUCCAUGAGAAAGGAGAGCCAGAAUUCCGCUACACAGCUGGUUACCACGGUAACGAAGCCCUGGGCAGGGAACUCCUGCUGAUCCUCAUGCAGUACCUUUGUAAAGAGCACAAGGACGGCAACCCGCGAGUGCGCCGCCUAGUGGAAGGAACGCGCAUCCACCUCGUUCCCUCGGUCAACCCCGACGGCCACGUGAAGGCUUCCGAGAGGGGAUCGGAGUUGGGCAGCUGGACCUUGGGCCACUGGACGGAGGAGGGCCAUGACAUCUUCCAGAACUUUCCUGACCUCAAUAACAUAUUCUGGGAUGCAGAGGACAAGGGCAUGGUGCCAAAACUGACCCCAAAUCAUCAUGUGCCAAUUCCUGAAGGCUAUCUGGCAGAAAAUGGACCUUUAGCCGUGGAGACCCGGGCCCUCAUCUCCUGGAUGGAGAGCCACCCGUUCGUUCUGGGAGCCAACUUGCAGGGUGGUGAGCGAAUGGUAACAUACCCCUUUGACAUGCGUCGACUUACCAAGCAGUCCGAGGAACAGGAGAAGAAGAGGAACCCCAGAGGACGAUACAAGCGCCAGUAUGAGGAGGAGGAAGAAGAGGAGAGGCCAAAUCCUUAUCUUCACAUUGGGUACCACCAGGAAAACUAUGGCUACAAUCAAGAAACACAUGGUUACCCCGAGGAGAACUAUGGCUACAACCAAGAAACCCAUGGUUACCACCAGGAGAACUAUGGCUACAACCAAGAAAACCAUGGUUACCACCAGGAGAACUAUGGCUACAAUCAAGAGACACAUGGUUACCACCAGGAGAACUAUGGCUACAACCAAGAAAGUUAUGGGUACCCACACGAAAACCAGGAGUACCAUCAGGAGAAUCAAGGGUACCACCAUGAGGGCCACUCAGAAGGGCACCAUGAAGGUUACCAGGAGGGAUAUCCAGAGGGGUACAGGGAGGGAUAUGGAGAAGCAGAGCCAGAGGAAGAAAUCAGGAUGGUCGAGGACCAGUCCUUGUUCCGUUGGCUGGCCAUAUCAUAUGCCUCCACUCACCGGACUAUGACCAACACCUAUCGUGGGGGUUGCCAUACUGAGGACCCUACAGGCAGAAUGGGUAUUGUCAACCGUGCCAAGUGGAAGCCCAUUCCGGGAAGUAUGAAUGAUUUCAGCUACUUGCACACAAACGCUUUUGAGCUGUCCAUCUUCCUGGGCUGUGACAAGUUCCCCCAUCAGAGUGAACUUCUCAGAGAGUGGGAACACAACAGAGAGGCUCUGCUCACCCUCAUAGAGCAGGUGCAUCGAGGAAUAAAGGGGAUUGUGAGAGACAAGGAAGGCAACCCCAUCCUCAAUGCCACAGUCUCUGUAGAGGGAGUCAACCAUGAUGUCACCACAGGUGAGGCUGGAGAUUACUGGCGCCUGCUCAACCCUGGUGAAUAUCACGUGACCGCGCAUGCCGACGGCUACUCCUCUUCAACAAGGCUGUGUGUCGUGGGAUUUGAAGCUGGCGCCACCCUCUGCAACUUUGAGCUCACGAAGUCCAACUGGAACCGCAUCAAAGAGAUCAUGGCUCUCCAUGGCAACAAGCCCAUCAGACUGCUAAACCCCGGAGGACGCAGUCGCUACGUCUCACAUGGCAACAGUGGGAGAUACAUCGUUAGCAACCAAAUCCCUGUUAACAACGGUAAACUUGCCAACAGAUCCCGUUUCCGGCGGUUACGGCUGAUGAGGCUUCGCCGCCUGCGUCAACAGAGGCUUCUGGCUGCCAAGAUGACAACUACAGUGUUGCCACCGACAACCACCAUGCUCAGCACCACCGCUGCUGUUCCCACCACUGUCUCUCCGACCGAGAGCACCACGGCCUGGUAUGACUACUGGAUGUUCACCGACCUCCCUGAGGAAAACACCACUCAGUUAGAGACUGAAAUCACAGACUCGCUGGACUCCAACUACACCUACGGCUUUGAUGAUUACUGAACAAGGCUGUGGCGGCGAGGUUUGUCUCAGAGGAUGUAAAGUUUGUAAAAUAAGCCCCGUGUUUCCUUUUUCCCACCAGGAGAUUCGGGGAGGGUGGGUGAGUGUCCAUGCAGUUUCAGAACCAGUACGUAAUGCAAACAUCAUAUUCUUAGAGCAGUCUGCAUGUAUAUCACCUCGAAGGGAGGAUGAGGUUCUGGAGUAGGUGUUACAGGAGUCAGGUUUUGCACACAGUGGUGGUGUAAUGUUUGCAGAUGCCAUACUCUGUAGUUUCUAAGCUGUCCUCUCAUUACUGUGUCUUCUGCAUCAGACUUGUACCAAAGCCUUCAUUCUUGAUUUACUUGAGUCCAGCCCAUCAGCCACCUCUCUAAUUUACCACGUCAACCCAACAUGCACGACACACCCAGCUGCUCUACAGGCCAAACUUCAGACUUCUCCAUCCAGUCAGUUCUGCCAACCACACACACACACACACACACACACAUAGCCCCCUCCACAAAAAGGAACUGUGUUUAUACAAAAGUGACUUUAUUUACAUAUUUCACUUGUAUAAGAUUGCACAACCUCCACGGGAGAGUUCACAAGGUUGAAAAAUAAAAGGGCAAAAUACUGUUUUCCAACUAAAAAAAAGGCUUGUUUAUAUAUUUUCUGUGUUUGCUAUAUUUUAACCAUUCACAGAUAAUCCAGCAUGCAAAACAGUCACUUUUGAAGUCCAAUUUGUCUUAUCUACCUGUGUUUGUGAAAUAAAAGCUUUGGUGGAA